UCUUGAGUUGAGAGGGGUCGCGACUCGGUGAAACGGUGCCGCUAAUAGCGCAUAAACACUCGUAAAACAUGAACACGGAUCUUUUUUUAGCCGUCGACUAUAUUUGUGCAGUCAUCUGGAGUGGAAUUUCAUCUUUUAAGGGUUUGAGUUGUGUGGUCGCGAGCACAUAACGUUAGAGGAACAGGGUUCAUUCCAUUGGCUUUGUACAAAGUUGGGUUACUUCGGGUGACAGCCGUUGCCAUAGUUGAUGUCAGGUUAUUAUAACCAUAUGCGCAAUUAAAUUAAGUGUCGUUAUUGCAAAGCGGAUGCGUAAAACCAUGCACCGUGACUGGUGUUGAUAUUUGGCGUAACAUAGUUUUAUUGGACACAACUUUAUUUAUUAUUUGUGCGACUGAAAACUAGUGAAACCAUGGCGGAAUCGGUCAAGACCUUUCAAACGCACCUGACUGCUGUCAUGGACAGUUUGGUCCGCGCAUCAGUGUGCGAGAUCACCAAACUCUUCCAGGACACGGUGAACGACUACCUGGUGGAAAUCUCGCUGAACAGAAAAGAGAACGAAGCGUUGAAAUUGAGACUGAGGCUGACUGAGAAUAAACUGAGAAACGAGCGCAAAUAUGGCAUGGGCUGGGCGGCCAGUCGGCGCGCGGCUGGUCUGCUUAGCGCGGACGACACGGUGCGCAAAGCGCGCAGAACGGAUCUCCAAAGAGGCAAGCAGGGGAAGGAGUGGAGUGCUGAUGCGUGGGAGGAGGGGACUGGAGGAGUGAGGGAUGAGAGGAGGGACGUGUUCCGUGUCCAUCUGCCAACUGGAGGAGGUGGAGGUGGGGAGGAGGAGGAGGAGGAGGAAAGGAUAUGUGUCUCUGGGGAGAGGAAGGAGGUGGCCAGCAUUAAAGAGGAGGUGGAAGGCUACAGAUCAGACUCCCUGAGGCUGUUGCAAGAGGCUCUACAGAUGAACCAAACUGAAACCAGCCCUCCCUCCCCCAGUCCCACCCACGGAGAAAUGGGCCCUGCUUCUGCUGGUCCUGAAUCCGCUGCUGCUGAAGUGUGGGAGGAGCAGCCAGCCUUGUCAGAGGAACCAAUGCCCGGUGGAGACGAGCUCAGCGGACUUGAGACGGCCCUCAAGGCGGAGCGUGAACGUGAGGAGGCGGAGUCCGGUCUGGGCAGCCCGUCUCAGGAGACGUGUGGAUCUGAAGGUGUGGCGUUCAUUGGACUAGACGGUUUAUGUAGCUCUCAGCAGGCAAUGUCGUCCUCAUCACAUAGAGCAGACCCUGCUGAACUACAACUC